AUGUUGCGUAUCGCGUUACUCCUGUGUCUCAUUACUAUCACAAUCGGUUUGACCACAGAGAAAUCUUUCGCGCAGAGAUUAGACAAACUCUAUGAAAAAUUAGAGAAGUUGACGGCGCCUAAUUCAAAAUUGGAACCAAAUAAAUUGUAUGCAAAGUUAGAUAGGUUUAAUUCGCUAUCACCUGACCAUGCCUUGUCAGAAGAUGAGGAGCUUCUCUCGGCUAUGCAGCUUUGGGGGGGAAUGAGUGAGGAGCAGUUACGGGGACUAGUCAGAGAGUUUAAGGAGAUGAAAGAAGAAAAAAGUGAGAAGAUCAUUGAGGAUUAUAAAGACGACUGGGCUGAUGAUGACGAUGGAGAUUAUGCAAACGACGACGCUGAAGAGUGGGAUCCUAUCGAAGACGAGAUCAGUUCCACCACAAAACCGCUCCUCAACCUUGGUGUGACCCCCUCAGCGUUCACCCGUUUGGACGGAUACAGACACACCAUUGUGUCUGCUGUAGAUCCGAUUGCUGCUACUAAUGAGAGGCCUAGGAUCUUGGACGAUUCACAAGCAACCCCUGAAGAGCGACGAGAAAUUCGAAAAGCCGUAAUAACAAAUAUGGGUACCGUUGUGCGUGCGGCUAAGUGUCUCAUCCCUCAACCGAGAUGGCUCACAGUUAGAAAACUAGCGCCUGCGGCAGAUACUGUGUAUAUGCCACCAUGUGUCCAGCUACACCGCUGCGCGCCAGAUUCUGGUUGCUGUUACAAUGAAGCAGAGGUCUGCGCACCCGUCGAUGGGAAAUAUGUCGCUAUAUCUUUCUUUCUAAGCAAAGCGGAUGGUAAUCUCACAGCGUCGCGUAUCUUAUUUUUCAACCAUACACGGUGCGCAUGCGUUUCCAAAGACACGCUACAAAGCACUGCUCGCACGAGAAUCGAUCGAGUCUCUUCUGAUGAAAGACGUGAAUCCAAGGAGAGACAGAACGAUUGGAGAGCUACCGAAGAGCCAAGGUUAGAGAGAGACGAAGAACAGACGUCUCCGCCACAAAUGCGGAGAUGCACAUGUCCUCGCCUGUUCCGAAGUCAAAUAACAGAUGGCGCCUGCUACUGUGUUUGCGAUUGGCCCGACGCGACGCGACGUCGCGAGUGUCUCUCUCUAGCACGUGGACGUGAACACUUUGGCCUAAGAGACAGAGUAUGCGUCGCCCAGGGAAAUUGCAACGCGCCAACUUGCGAAUAUGGCGCGUAUGAAAGGCAUUCAGGCAGAUGUCCCUUGAGAAGGUAUAAGCGAAGAUUUCACGUGAGAAGUCGGUACAACCCAGAGAAAGCUGUGUGA